CCUUUCCCUCCAGCUCCGCUCCUCAGAUCGCGAAUUGCUGAAACGCUCCCAACCACACAGCACGGAGGCGGCGGUGGGCUGCGGAGCUCCGCUCCCGCUGCCUCCCGGCGGGGUGGGGUGAGGUGGGGCGGAUCGGGGCGGGGCGGCCGCUACCCCCGGCCCACGCGGAGCAGCGCUCGCAGUCGCCCGGCGGCGGCAGUGCGGAGCGGAGCGCGAUAACUUGGUGACCUUAAAAGCAACUGCAAAAUGAACAGUGAAGGACAGUGUAGAAGACACACUGGGCUCUUGCUCUGAGCCUCCAGGAUUUGAAGAUGUCUGCGUGCAGUGACUUUGUGGAACACGUGUGGAAGCCUGGCUCCUGUAAAAACUGCUUCAAUCCAAAGAGUUCCCAUCGGCUGCAAACACCCCCAGACGUGGGAGCUUGCGGCGUGCUCCCGAAUGGAGGUAGGAGCAAGCCUGAGAGCCCAGCAUUGGAAGACGAAGGCGUAAAUACCUCUGUGUUCUCCAAGCCAACCAUUGCUGUGAAGCCAACUAUGAUCAACUCAGAUGUUUCUGACACGUGGGCGGAUGUGAAUAUGAAUUCAGAUCUGUCACAGGUCGGCUGGGGAAUGGUUUCCGGUAAACACCUCCUUCUGAAGUCAGGCGACUCACAGCGGAUCUGCCUCGAUGGGUUUGGAGCCAGUGGCGUGAGAAAACCCUUCCUGCACAGCCCACCACGCGACUGCCUGUCCUGCUGCACUCCCAGCUAUUCCAUGGUGGGCCUGCGCGGCCUGGAGAGCCACGUGGAGAGGAACGUCUCCAUCCACAGCCUGGUGCUGGUGGGCGAGGUGGGCAAGCAAGAGGAAAGAGCCAAGGAGAAGUCUGCCCUGCCACAUCGGCCCCUCUGCCCUAAUCUGGGGGACAGAAGUGUUGUGAGCUCUGGCAGAAACCCUUCAUCCUCAGAGGGUGACUGCGGCCGCCUCUGCUCUGGCGUCGAAGGGGAAGGGGGAGAGUACUGUUCGAUCACAGAGUCCCACAGGGAGAGCCCGGCUCCCCGCAGCUGGAGGCAGAGGGAUGCUGUGGAUCUCUCCAGGCUGAGUGGCAGGGCGGUGAAGUUCAGCGAGGAGGAGCACAGGGCUGUGAACGUGGCCUUCUGCAUAGCGAAAGAGCGGAGCGAUCUGCUCCCCUACACCCUGUGUGCAGAGAGUAAAAAGCCAACCCGUCAGUCUGACACUGCUGCCCUCCCUGAGAGCAGCAGCAAGAUGGCUGCCUCUGCGCCGUGCCGGGAGAAGGAUGACUUGCCUCUCCCCAGAGACCUGGAUGGAGGCUCCAGGCCUGAGGGGCUGAACGCUCCCCAGCAGGCCUUGGUGGAGCCGCAGUGCACCCGGCUCACUGAGCCGGCCCGUGGGGAUCCCAUCUAUGCCGAGAGCACCAAGAGGAAGAAAGCCCAGCUGAAGGGGGUUGGUGGAUGUGUGGACGCAGAGAAACUGGCUGGUGGCAAGGAGCAGGCCGAUGGCACGUGGAGGGAUGGGAGCUGGCUGCUGGGUGCUGAAAAGGAGCACCAGGACUCCACGGCCCAAGUGGCAGCAAAGAUAACGAUUAUGGCUGCGCACACAGAGGAUGACCACAAGACAAUAUUUCUCAGCAGCCCUGACUCUGCUGUGGGUGUUCAGUGGCCAUGUAUCAGCCCUGCUUCCCACCCUGAUUUUGGGACUUCAUCACCCACUGUCGAGCCUGGAGAGAUUUUUCAAGCAUCUGGAAGUGAAAAUGGCCCAAGGUUUCACUUGGCAGCUCCUACCAAAAACACAGUUAUGGAGAGCCCAGCCAUCCCUCCAAAGAUGUCCAAAAACAGCCAGCAAGGCAAUGAGGGGAGCCAUGUACCCCCAGUCAGUUCCUCUGUAACAAAGCUUGGUGACACCAGUAGCCAGGAUGGAGCUGGGGCUCAGCUGCUGCCAAGGAGCUGUGUGGAUACAGCCACCUUCAGGGCAUCUCCUUCUCCGUGCACUCAUGUUAAUGGGAUUUCUGUGGAAGAGUCCAGCAGAGGCCUGGCAGGCUCACCCUAUGACAGGAGGCAGAAAUACUAUACCCCUACAUGGGCCAAGCAGUGCCGGAUAGAGGAAGAGGAAGAGGAGGAAGAAGAGGAAGAGCAGGAGCUCUCAACCCACCCAUGGGCGGUGGGAGCUGAGAAUGGAAGAGCUGGGGCUGACCUCAUGGAAGACUGCCCAGUGCUGGAGAGUCAGGCUGGGAUCAGCAAGUCAUUAUCUUUCUCCUUUGACUUCCCUAAGGACAAGAGCAAUGGGGUGGAGUUUGCACCACCACCGCCGCCACCAAAAAAGCAGUCCAGGCAUGCUCCGAAGAUGAACCCAAAUAACGCUGAGUUGGAGAGAGCCAGCAACAGCUCUGCUGAGAGCCUGAGCCCACCUUUCAGGAGCGUCCACGUCAGCUUCACAGCUGGCUCCUCCGACAGCCUCAACUCUGACACUCAGGCCGGCAGCGAUGGCAGGCACUCAUCUGAGCCAAACCACUCACCCCCUCCAGCUGAAAGCCUGGCGUUUCCCCCUGUCCCCUUCCCUCCUGCCUCUGGUGAUGACAGUCUAUCUUCUGUCUCAAGCCGCCCGCCUCCUCUUCCUCAGAAGAAGACAGUGAGCAGGACGGUGUCCUCCCCAGAUGGCUUUUUUGGAGGGCAGGGGUCUUCAGGCAGAGCAGCUGGCACUGCUUGCCCCAGGCUGAACGUAAGCCAUUCUGAGAGCAACGUCUGCCUCCAUGAAGACUCUCCUUUCCUCCACCCGGCCAGCCUCAGAGGUCACCCCAGCAUCUUCUCCUCCUCAGAGUCCCUGGAGAAAGGCUCCAAAGGAAAUGGCUACUGGGGCUCAGCCACCAGCAAGAACACAGGGACCUGCGUCCCCAGUAGAAACCUCCAGUCCCGUUCUUCCUCGCAACUCAGCAUGUCCAGCCAAGUAUCAUCAGGUUCCAGCCUCCAGCUCCACAACCUCCUGAGCAAUAUUGACAGCAAGGAGGGGGUGUACGCCAAGCUGGGGGCCCUCUAUGCUGAGUCCUUGCGCCGCCUGGUCGCAAAGUGUGAGGAUUGCUUCAUGCGGGAGCAGAAGAACGAGCUGCACUUCAGUGAGAACAACUGGUCACUCUUCAAGCUGGCGUGCAACAAGCCCUGCUGUGACUCAGGGGAUGCAAUCUACUACUGUGCCACCUGCUCCAAGGACCCUUCCACCACCUAUGCUGUGAAGAUAUGUAAAACCCAAGAGUCCAAGGUGGCUGCUUCGUACUGCAGCCCCCCAGUACCAGUCCACUUCAACAUACAGCAGGACUGUGGGCAUUUUGUGGCCUCUGUGCCCUCCAGCAUGUUGCUGGCCUCCGAUGUGAGCAAGAGCAUGUCCGGGGAUGGCCUCCGUCCCUCCCGCACCACCAGUGAGCAUGACUGUGUGGUGGUCAUCACCCGCGAGGUGCCGAGCCAGACCACCGCCGACUUCGUGAGGGACUCAGUGACGCUGCACCAAGCCAAACCUGAGAUGUACGAACGUCGGGUUUGCUUCUUGCUUCUCCAGCUCUGCAAUGGCCUGGAGCAUCUAAAAGAGCAUGGCAUCAUCCAUCGGGACCUGUGUCUGGAGAACCUUCUUCUUGUCCCCUGCAAACCCCCCAUGAGCUGUGCGAAAGUCAGAGAUGACAGAAAUUUGCCCCGCCUCAUCAUCAGCAAUUUUUUGAAAGCUAAACAGAAGCCAGGAUCUGGAGACUCCAAACUGAAGAAGAGCCAGGCCCGGCUGGCCCCGGAGAUUGUGUCAGCUUCUCAGUACAAGAAGUUUGAUGAGUUUCAGACUGGAAUUCUCAUCUAUGAACUCCUGCACCAGCCCAACCCCUUUGAGGAGAAGGUGCACCUCAAGGAGCAGGAGUACAGUCCUGAGGACCUCCCUUCUCUGCCCAGCUUGUCCAUCUACUCCCGGGGACUCCAGCAGCUGGCCCACCUGCUUCUAGAGGCAGAUCCCAUCAAGCGCGUGCGGAUCACCGAGGCCAAGCGGAUGCUGCAGUGCUUGCUGUGGGGGCCACGGAAGGACCUGACUGAACAGCCCCUCAGCCACGAGGAAGCCCUCCACCAGGUGCUUCAGAACUGGGUGGACAUGAAGCGUGCCCUGCUGAUGAUGAAGUUUGCGGAGAGGGCUGUGGACACGGAGCGGAGCGUGGAACUGGAGGACUGGCUGUGCUGCCAGUACUUGGCCUCUGCUGAGCCUGUCUCCCUCUCACACACAUUAAAACUGCUGCAGCUGCUCUGACCUUGGACAUGUCUCAGAGGUGGCUGAGGACUCCUGAUUGCCUUGCAGUGAAAGGUACACAGCCCCAUUAAAAUGUGAGAGGCUUGAAUCUCGGCUGUGAACAUGUGUUCAUCUCCUGUCCUGAGCUCUGAUCAAUGUAAGACAUGGUUAGUACCCUGAGCACUAAUUUGUGAGCAGGCAAAACCGGGAGCCUACUCCUCUAAACGAGGGCUUUUUUUGUAUGGUAAGUCUGUGGACUAAUAAACUCCUGCUUGUGUGUGCAUGUUUCUCAUGAA